CCCACAGAUAUGGCAUUCUUCAACAGGGUGUCACCUGCACUGGUGGAAAUCCUGAACAAGUUGCAGAGUGGUGAAAGCUUAACAGACUUCGAUCAUAACCUAUAUGAAUAUGGCUCAGUUCGAUACAAUAUCCAGGCAUCGGCAUCAAGUCCACAAAUUGUUAACUUGUCCACAUGGAUGCCACCACUUUCUCCAGAGUUCUCUUCAGAUUGUCUACCUGACUGUGCCCUACUAGAUGUCAAAAGGGUAUAUCUUGAUUCUGCAGAAGUAGUGGAACCUUCGAAGCAAGGUUAUAUGCUUACUCUCAGAAUCGACUUUGCGGCACUUCCACAGAGAAAAGAAGAUCGGAUGAAGGCUAUCAGCGAGAUCUCCUCAUUACACGCAGUCAUACUGAGUUCACAAAUGAAGGAUAUGUUGUGGAACCUUGAACCCAGGUACAUGGGCAAUGGCAUGUGCAACCCAAUCAAGAUUGUCCAUCAGCUGAAAGAGCCCUUCUUUGUCAUCAAAAUGCUGGAGAAGACAACCGUGAUAUAUCCCAUGCGCUUCAAAGAUGAUACGGAUGUAAUUUUGGCAACAUCAUUCUUUCAGGAACUUGUAGAUGUUAGCAAUUUAGAAGCACACUACAAAGCACCACGUUGCACCUGGUCACCAAUCCCUCCUCUGGAGUUGAGAGGAGAGCCAUUCCAAUAUCUGACAACAAAUGGAGGAUUUGUAUCCCUAGAAAUUUUCUCACAACACAUCAGAGGUACAAAGGCAGACAAUACUGUCUGGAAUUUACUGACUUUCGUUUCCUAUGUAAAGUAUCAUGUAAAGCAGUGCACCAGAGGCUUUAUCCAAAGAAAGAUGAGGCAGCGUCAGGAAAGCUUAACUGAGGUAAUAAGAAGUGCAAGAAUCAGAGGAGAUGAAGAUGUCAAAAAACAUCAAAUCGGUGGUCACAAAAAUGUUAAGAAAUUGAUGAAUUUCUCAAGAUCAAAGAUGUUCAAAAAGAGGUAUACAAUCAUAACUAACAAAAUCAAGAAAUUCCACUAUCGGAUCAAAAUAAAGUGGCUACUACAUCGGUUUCGACGGCAAUGGCUUAGAGUUCAAAAGAUCCCUUUGUUGAGGAAGUACAGAAAAUUAGAUUAAGCAUCAUCAGCUUCCCAAAUAAACCAUUAUAACAAAUAAGUUGUGUGUAAGUCCCUCACAGAUCUCCAUCAACAAGUGAAAUUUUACAUUUUAAUUUUUAAGCAAAAAAAAAAAGGCUUGGAGUUCAAUUCUUUGAUUUCUUUGGGUAGGAGGAGCAAAAGGAAUGGCUGUUGAUGCAUCUCAUCUUGAAAACAAAGGAUUCAGGUAUAUGCUGGCAUAAAUUGUGUUGAAGAAAAAGAAAUAGUUCCAUGCUUUAGAACUCAGGUCAAACUCUCAAACAGCACUUAUGAACAGCCGAUAUUUUCUGCUUACUGGUGUGGGGCUGUAACUUUGAUUGUGUGGCCCUUGUAUGCUAUGAUUGCUCGUGAGGUAUCAGUAUAUAAUUAUGGAGCCCAAAAUGCUUCUCCAAACACACUAUGACAAGGAUAAGACAGAAUGACAGAUUACAGGUAAAACAAAAAAGCUAUGGCCUGUAAAGGCUGAUUAAUUUUAUGCAGACCAGCAUGCAUAAUCUACUUUCAGAGGCUAAUAUGAAUGAGUCCAUUGCUGUGAACACUGCUCUCCCAUGAUGUUAGCCUCAAGGUGAUACCCUUUAUGAACCAAUACAUUUUGAGCUUCAGCUGAACCCUAUCUGGAUCACUGGAAACAAUAGAGACCGCUCAGUCUCAAUCUGAAGUUCACUUACAAUCAGUGUCUUAAAGAUCUUGUCUACCAUUAUUCUUUUCUGUUGUACAAUCUCCAAUAUCUUAAAGAUACUAUUCCUUGCAGUGAGGAAUUGUUCUUGACAAACAGAAUGAGUAUGAUAUGGAAGAUUUUUUACAGGUAAUCAUAGAUUAUAAAAUUUAGUAGACUUCUAACUAUUUUGAACUGUCUGACUGUCAACAUAAAGCUUUCAGAAAAGUGGCACAUGCUCAACUGUCAUUGUUAGUAUUGUGUCAAUGAUGGUUCUAAUCUAUCCUUGAAGAUCCAGUCUCAUUAUUUGGUCCAAGAAAUGUGGAUGGCGUAACUAUUUGCAGAUGGUUCAGCCAAGUGCAGUGAGGGUUGGCAAUGAUCCUUAGAUCAGCUU